UUAUAUAAUGUUUUGUCACAGUGUAGAUGGUCAUUAGAGGUUAUUUGUCUGGUGAAAUGUCUUCAUGUGUGGCAAUUGAAUUGAGAGGGAAAUUGAAUUAUGGAGAAUGAUGUAAAGUGUUGGGCGCCCUUAGACUAUCUUACACAAGCAAAAAAAGAUAUUUGUCUGCUAAUACUGAACAGACCUUUGGACAACAGUUAUGAAAAAUUGACAAAACUUUGGAGCAUUGCUUCAGUGAGAAUAUGUGUAGAUGGUGGUGCAAAUGAAUUUUACAAAGUUUGCAAAGAACAUCAAACUCUUAAGUGGACACCAACUUAUAUCACAGGGGAUUUUGAUUCCAUUAAGCCAGAUGUUAUGGAGUAUUACAAAAAUAAGGGUACUGCAUUUGUUUCUACUCCUGAUCAAGAUCACACAGAUUUUACAAAAGCCAUUCGUCAUGUUAUUUCUCAUUGUGAUGAUCAGGUAUCAGCAGUUGUUGUACUGGCCGAGUUCUCAGGGCUUCUUGAUCAAACUAUGGCCAAUGUCAAUACGUUGUAUGAAGCUGCAAAGAUUACACAAAAAGAUGUUAUUCUUUUGGCUAGUGAUUGCUUAGCAUUCCUUCUCCAACCAGGUAAACAUCGAAUUGAUUUGAAUGAUGGAUAUAAGGAAUUGAAAUGUGGCUUGUUACCAAUUGGCGUCAAGUGUGACAAAGUCAAAACUGAUGGAUUGAAAUGGAAUCUGAGUAAUGAUCCUUUACAGUUUGGUGAAUUGGUUAGUACUUCUAAUGCAUUUGAUGGCAGUGGUGUCGUCAAUAUCGAAUGUAGUCAUCCCCUUGUAUGGACCAUGGAAGUACAAUGAUAAUAAAGACGAGUGAACACUGUGGAGUACGUUAAGAUUUUACGCUGAAAGUAUGGCUUAUAAUAAGUCAAAACUAGCAAACUUGAUUCAAGAUAAUACAAUCUUUGCAUCGGCUAACCAAAACAGGAAUUAGUAAACUAUUUUCUAGUUGCGUGUCGCCGUGUGCCAAUUACAAAUUUAGAAUUUUA